GGGCGGGGCUAGGCGCGGUCAAGGGAAAGGGGCGGGGGCGGCGAGGGGAAGGGGCGGGGGCGGGCGGUGCUGGGCGCUAAGGCGCGGGAGGAGGGGCGGGGCGGGCGCGCGGCCGUUAGCGCGCGGCCGUUAGCGGUCCCUUUCUACCAACGGUAGGCGUCGCCGCGGUUCCCGAGGGUCACAGUCCGCGUGACCCGCCCCCGUUUGCAAGCUCACCGUCUUCGCCGGCGCAGUCACCGCGCAGGGCGGCCGCCUGGAGGUAGCUACCACGGCCUGUGUCAACGACUAAAGCUCCGGUACAGCGGCGCCCUCAGAGACAGCUGGGAGGGUGGCUCUGGCCGGGAGCGGCGGCCGGUGAGCUACCGCGAGGAGGAGCGGCGGAGGCGACCUCGGCCCGACCCUGCACUAGCCGUCCGACAGGCACGACAUGAGCCUGGUCUGGCAUUCGCGGGAUGCUCCUUGAGCCCCUUCUCCGGCUGUGAACCUCGGGAACGGUUGUGAUCACACCGACACGUAUUUUACGAAUAAAUCAUUCUUGCCGCGGCGAGUCGAACACGUUUAUUUAUUUUUUAUUUUCUCAACAAGCAUUUACCCAGCACCUGUCCAGUGAAACAACUUGAUAAGCGUUUCGAGGAGCGUCCGCCGGUUUAGGAGGCCACUGCCUGGCAGCUCGUGGAAGCCGUAUUUGCAACGCCCCCCUUCAGAUGUUUUGGAGAUCGUAACGUCUUGUAACUAGCAGUGUGUGCACAGAAUCCUACUCAAGGAACGUCUUGGCCCAGCGAUGCAAAGAACUGAAGUUUCAAGGUUUUAUUUCUAUUGCUUUAUGGUCGGGGUAGCCCCAGUAACUGGGAACUGCUCCGCAGUCCGCUCACAUGGACCCCUGUGGAUUCGAAUAGCAAGCUGGAAGAGCCUGUGUUGUCCUCAAAAUAAUACAGAAGAAUUCAAGAUAGGAGAAAGAGACAGCAGCGAAUGAAGACUCUAAAAGAAAAGAAGGAACACCAAAGAUUGAGGAAAUCUGCCAAGACUAGGAGGGUAACCCAGAGGAAACCGUCUUCAGGGCCUGUUUGCUGGCUAUGCCUUCAAGAACCUGGGGAUCCCGAAAAAUUAGGGGAAUUUCUUCAGAAAGACAAUAUCAGCGUGCAUUAUUUCUGUCUUAUCUUAUCUAGUAAGCUGCCUCAGAGGGGCCAGUCCAACAGAGGUUUCCAUGGAUUCCUGCCUGAAGACAUCAAAAAGGAGGCAGCUCGGGCUUCUAGGAAGAUCUGCUUUGUGUGCAAGAAAAAGGGAGCUGCUAUCAACUGCCAGAAGGAUCAGUGCAUCAGAAACUUCCAUCUGCCUUGUGGCCAAGAAAGGGGUUGCCUUUCACAAUUUUUUGGAGAGUACAAAUCAUUUUGUGACAAACAUCGCCCAGCACAGAACAUCCAACAUGGGAAUGUGGGGGAGGAAAGCUGCAUCUUGUGUUGUGAAGACUUAUCCCAACAGAGUGUUGAGAACAUCCAGAGCCCAUGUUGUAGUCAAGCCAUCUACCACCGCAAGUGCAUACAGAAAUAUGCCCACACAUCAGCAAAGCAUUUCUUCAAAUGUCCACAGUGUAACAAUCGAAAAGAAUUUCCUCAAGAAAUGUUGAGAAUGGGAAUUCAUAUUCCAGACAGAGAUGCUGCCUGGGAACUCGAGCCAGGGGCUUUCUCAGACUUAUAUCAGCGCUAUCAGCACUGUGAUGCUCCCAUCUGUCUGUAUGAACAAGGCAGAGACAGCUUUGAGGAUGAAGGGAGGUGGUGCCUCAUUCUGUGUGCUACAUGCGGAUCCCAUGGAACCCACAGGAACUGCUCCUCUCUUAGAUCCAACAGUAAGAAAUGGGAGUGUGAGGAGUGUUCACCUGCUGCAGCCACAGAUUACAUACCUGAAAACUCAGGGGACAUCCCUUGCUGCAGCAGCACCCACCCUGAGGAGCAUUUCUGCAGAGACAACACCCUGGAAGAGAAUCCGGGCCUUUCUUGGACGGAUUGGCCAGAACCUUCCUUAUUAGAAAAGCCAGAGUCCUCUCGUGGCAGGAGCAGCCACUCCUGGAGGUCCAAGGGUGUCAGAAUCACUAACAGCUGCAAAAAAUCCAAGUAACACCUUCUCAGUAGCUGCUAUCCCGCACAAUAGGGUAUGAAGCUGUGCUCCUCCAUCGGGUUUGGGGAGGGAACACUCUGGGACUGUGAGACAAGGAAGCAGGACCAGCAGUGAGUUUAUGAGCCAAGCAAAGAGAAGUCUCAGGGGAGCAUGAGGAGGGAGCAGCCCAGAUGCCAACAAGGAAAUGUGUUUAUGGCUACAAGAGUGCCUCUGCUUUCUCCUCCUCUCUUCCCACCAAGAUUCUUCCACCUCAAUCUGAUUUUCACAUGCCUCUUCUUCACCCAUGUUUGUUGUUUUGCAAAUAAAGGUGUUCUCUCC